AUGAAAGAAGCAGGCAACAAUGAUUUCCAACCUUCGGAUGAGCAAGCCAUUGACGAAAAGGGUCGUCCAUCCUCAUCAUCGUCAUCGUCGUCUUCAUCGUCGUCGUGUUCCACCAUUCUGUUUGAAUCCAUGAUUAGCAACAAGGCAGUCCAUCGGUUGUUUUUGCUAGCGCUGCCCAUUCUAUGGAGUAUAUUGAUUGGUAUUGGUUGGAAUCAAGAGGAUAUCAUUGAAACUGACGUGAAUGCCAUUUGGACUCGUCAACGAGGCUCGUACAAACAAGAUUUGGACUAUGCCGAACAAUUCAACGAGGGUGCACUAGGAGACUUGACGAGUUUUGCGGCCAUGGCCGUGGCACGAGAUGGAGGCAACUUGUUUACACCGAAACGACUGGAAACUAUUCGACAACGCAUGGAACUAGCGGAACGAACAACGGUCAAAUACAAGGGAAACACAUUCUCAUGGAACGAUUUGUGUGCCUACAAUGACAUUGGGAUCAAUACCACCUACCAAUUUCCCUGUGCCCGCUUUUCCCCCAUGGACUUUUUUCGAGAAGCACAGUGGUUCUUUGACGAAACGGACAAGGUCACCUGGUACAAGGAGGUGGCCCGCAAGGUAGUCGUGGCACCCCGGGUGCCGCGGUAUGGAAUCAUGACUGGGUCGUGUAGUACCUUGCUGGGUGGUGGUGUUGGUAGCGAUAGUGUGCCACGAACGGAAUGCAAUGGCAUUAUUAGUCAACGAUUGUUGGCGGGAGAACCCUUACGGCUCUUUUCGGAUAUUGGUAAUCUAGAGAUGAAUGAUCCUUGCAAGGCUUGCAUUGAAUCCGAGAUUGAGAAUGUGACCAAAGACUUGUUGGACAAGGCAAGCGCCAUGUUUGGGGAGUUGGCAGUCGAGUUGGGCAAGUCGUCCAACCAAACUACUACUACUACUACUACCACCACCACCACGGAACUUGCCUCCAAAAUGGAGUCCAUUGUCGAAAAAUUGAGCUUGCAACAAGUCAUGGAUUACUUUAGUUACAAGACCGUUCGUUUCCUCUAUGGCAAUUUGGGAGCCCAACAGUAUUUGGAAAGUUACCAAGAGUUUCAAGGAAUUUGCCGCGGAUUGGCACCCGAAUUUGCACAAGACAACUGCGGGGACAUAUCCCUCACAGAAGCUGGCUUGGCAUUACAGCAACAUGCCGAUCAUGCCUUCUCCAGUAGUGUCACAGCCGGAACACCGCUCCCAUUUUGGGGAGAUAAUGGAGAAGGCUUUUUGUUGGAGGGCAAUUCGCCUGUGGGUGGAUCCGGUAUCGAUAUGAGCGGGACCGAGUUUUCGGCCAUGGAGUAUCUUCAAUCAUUAUCCAACAACGCCACAGUGGACAUGGAUAGUGUCGAAUGGCAAUCCAUGGUAGAAUCUGACCCUGUCUAUCGUUGGUUCCUUGCCGGCGAAACUCCCAUGACAGCAUCCUGUUCGAAUGGUCGUUUGAAAGGUACCAAUGGUACCGCGUUGGAUGGCUUGACGGAACAGUUGAUCCAAGUGGCGACAUCACCAUGGUGUACCAAGUUUAACGAACCAUUCGAAGAAGAAGGGACCUACACGGAACAGUACUUUGCCAGAAUGUGGUUCGAUUUGCUUGCCGAUUCUCCUUCCUUUUUGAACUUGACCCAAGGUACAUCCGAUCCAUACACGUGGACAUUGGGGCAAGGGUGUGGGUACAGUCUGGCUGGACAACGAUUCUCCUACUCUGUUGGAGACGAAGAAAACGCAACGUUCCAAGAGUAUCUCAUGGGCAACGCGUCCGGCGAACUUUACUACAUUGAUGAGGGAGAAAUUGUGGGACCUAUUGAACGGACCCUGCUCAUUGGAGGUGUAGAACCCGCAAACUUUUCCCCGCAAAACCCAUUGACCAAGGUAUCUGUAAUCCAAUCAUUGUAUCCAGCAUUGCGCCUCAAGGGUAUCGUGGAUCGUGUCAGCAACUGCAAUCGGCCAGGAGGACCAAUUGAUAUUUCAGAAGCAGAUGCGAAAGAGGUUUUGUUUCGGUUCAAGAAGAAGUUUGAGAACCGCUGGUCCAAAGAUUGGGAUACGGUAGACCCGGAUAAUGAAGUGCAAUUUGUUGGCUUCUUUGACGACGCUGGGGCUAGUGGAACAACUGCGAGACUUUUGGAGGAGAUUACACUUAGCAAUGGGAUACUACUUGCGGCAUCAGUUUUGAUAAUUGCCUUCUUUUCCAUUGUAUUUCUGUUUGACUGCGAUCCCAUUGAAUCCCGAGUCAUGGUCACUCUGUUUGGAGUUUUGUUGGUCCUAAUUUCAUUCUUUGCCGCUGUUGGAUUUGGGAUUAUCCUUGGUAUUAAGGUCAACAUUAACAUUGCUUGGACUCUUCCAUUCAUCAUGCUAGGGCUUGGUGUCGACGAUAUGUACAUUGUCUUGCUAUCGCUACGAGAACAAAAGGGAUACGGCCGCGACUCAUUCCUUGCCGCAAUGAAAGAAGUUUUGGUUCCAGUCACCAUGACAAGUUUGGUGAACGCCGGAAUGUUUGCCAUCAUGAAUGUUAAUGACAUUCCCGCGGUGUACUUGACAGCCCAAGUUGCAUUGAUCUCUGUGGUUUUCUUAUACCUCACGAUUAUCCUAUGUUUUCCGGCUUGGUGUUGGAUCGACAUGCAACGGCAGAAAUCGGGUCGUCACGAUGUAACAUUCUGCAAGCGAACAACGGUAGAAUCUAGCGAGGAGAAUGUCAAGCGCAAACAUUGGGCUGACGUUCUGUACGAGAAGAUCUACCAACCAAUAACUCUAAGUUCAUCAUCGAAGCUGGGUCACGUUGUCAUAUGGGCAAUUGCCAUCGCAUUGAUUGCGGUCGGAUCUUUUGGUCUGACAGAACGAAGUGUUGGUCUCGGGCUGGAAGACUUCAUUCCUGAAGGCAAUCAAGCCAAUCAGUGGGCAACAGUUAGCAGCACCGAGCUUGCAGCUUGGCCGAUUCAGAUGAGUUGGGGUGCAAUUGACUAUACCAAUCCCGAAACGCAGAUGCGGAUGCUCCAACAGUUUGAAAACGUCGUUGCCACAGCUCAUGUAGCCGAGAUCGAUACAAAGAUGGUUUGGAUGGCGAACUUGCUCGUGUGGUCAUCGCGCCACUGCACAUCAAACUUUGGUCGAGACGACUUAGAUAUCCUUGAAUGCGGUCAUGACCAAGUGUUCGAAGAUGGCUCCACUUGUUCGGGCUCAUGGGUACAAAACACAUACAAUUUACGCGAGAAGAUCUUUGCCGAUGGCAAUGCUGAUGUCUGUUCAGCCUAUGAGGGCGGUAUCUGUCGACCCACUAGUCAAAUGCACCCUAGCGAUCUUGCUGAGCUUGGAAUCAAUGCAAAUGCUGCUGGUUCAUGGUGUCCAGUCAUUGACAAUUGGUCCAAUGAUAAGUUGAGCUUUUGCUUACGACAAUGGAGAAGGUUUGCUGGAGGCGGCGGCGGCCUUGUGCUACUAAACGAAACUGGAACAUCCGCCGGCUGUACUGGUGAAUACUACUCCGAUGAGACUGCCCAAGUCCCUAUCCCUAUUUCUUCGUCCCCGACCAUGUACGCCUACGAUCUGUUGACCCACGAGACCACAAUUGAAAUGCUACAGGAAACACGAGCUCUUUGUGACGAUGACGAGGAAGUGCGUUGCUUCUUAUCAGGGGCUCCAUAUGACUACUGGAGUCAAUACGUUGGAAUUUUUGGAACAUUCGUGGAGAUUGCGGCAUACGCAGUUGCAGUUGGAUUUGUCAUUUCGUUUCUCUUUCUGAUUGUCACCUUUUCUGCCGAACAGCACCUCGACACUCGCCAAACAUUGGUGGGCGCCUUUGUUGGUUCUUGGCUCAUCAGCGUCACCACAAUCAUUUCUCUGGUUUCAGUGGCUGGCCUUUCUAUUUUGGCAGGCGUGAAACUGACUGGGUUCAGCAAUAUGAGUAUCGUUCUCAGUGUCGGAUUCUCGGUAGAAUACUCGGUUCACGUCGUUGCCAGAUGGUUGCGCGCUGAACCAGCGCUCUUGGGCCUGGAACGAGUUCGACAUACAAUGUCCUUCCUGUUCCUUCCUACAUUCAUGUCUUUCCUUUCUUCGUUGAUUGGUGUUGCGUGCCUGGCAUUUACGGAGUUUGAUUUCAAUGAAAUCUUUUUCUUCCGGCCACUGAUUCUUGUCAUGGCGGUAACCUACUUUUUUGGCUGCUGGUGGCUUCCUGUAUUGUUAUGCUAUAUCAAUGGCGAUUCCCUAAAGAUGGGAAAGCAGAUUGAUGAUGCUUAA